AUGAAUAGAGCUAUUAUAGCAGAGCUUGUGAAACUGUACAAAGGUUCUGAUCUGGGAAUGAGAUUGCUCGCUUAUGAUGGAAGAAAGAGCUUAUACACUGCUGGGGAACUUCCGUUUACUUUGAAGGAGUUCAACAUUAAACUUGUGGAACAAGAUGAUGGAAUCAGUGGUCCCAAAAGGGAAAGAGAAUAUAAGGUGGUGAUCAAGUUUGUUGCUCGAGCAGACUUGCACCACUUGGGCCAGUUUCUUGGUGGUAAGCGAGCAGAUGCUCCACAGGAAGCUCUUCAGAUUCUUGACAUUGUAAUGAGAGAACUCUCCUCUAAAAGGUAUUGUCCUGUUGGGAGAUCUUUCUUUUCUCCUAACAUAAGAACACCACAGCGGCUUGGAGAAGGUGUGGAUUUUAUCACAGGAUAA